CAGUUGUUCCACGCGUUACCUCGAACAUAACCUGUUGAGCGUCUCUUUUGCGCGUCCUCUGAACGGCCCUCGGUAUUCUUAACGACUAGUUCUUUUACGGCAGCUGUAACAAGGAAAAUCUGCAAAAAUGAGUUGCGGAAUGGGAAUGAUAAAAUAUCUACUCUUCAUAUUCAAUUUCAUCUUUGCGGUCUGUGGCCUAGGUAUCCUGACCGUUGGAAUCCUCGUGCACCUGCAGCUGUCAAAUGUCACCGACAGACUUGACAUAAGCAUCGCGUUCCCAUCGAUAACAUUAAUGGUUCUCGGUGGUAUCAUAUUUAUAAUCGCGUUCUUCGGAUGCUGCGGUGCCAUUCGGGAAAGUCAUUGCAUGACAAUUACCUUCGCAUCGUUACUACUUUUCAUCUUGCUGAUCCAAGUGGCGGUCGCAGUAUACGCUUUCGUUGUCGUUAAGAACACUGACAACCACAUCAAUAUUGAGGAGGGUUACACCCAGGUAUUCGAAAAAUACUACACGAACGAAGAGAACAAACAGCUUGUGGAUGUUAUUCAAGCCGGUUUCCAGUGCUGUGGUGUUAACUCUGAGAGCGAUUUCAAUCGUCAUGGUAACUUCAAUGGCACUAUACCUUUCAGUUGCUGUGGCAAACAGGAGGGAGAGGAAUGUUCGAAAGAUGAGUCGUAUAAAAAGGGUUGUGCAAAGGAAAUAUCAAAGGCCCUCAUGUUUGCAGGAUCGGUGUUGGGUGGCGUUGCUAUUGGCAUUGCCGCAGUUGAGUUGGUCGGCAUAAUUUUCGCACUCUGCUUGGCGAAUUCCAUCAGGAACACAGAACGCAGGGGGUACAGAGUGUAAACGAGCAGCAAAAGAAAGUAUAUAUAUUGCUUAAAAAAGUAAUAUAAUUAAAUAACACUACUCUAUCAUUUAUAAUACGAUUCGUAUGGAGCGGUAGACGUAACCGUACUGUAAUGCAACAAUUUAGACAGUUUCCUGAACGAACAGAAGAACAAACGAAAUCAUGAGGAAAGUGCCUUUCAUUUUUAAUUUUCGAACCAUUGUAUUUGUUUAAACUUUGAUCUUUGUAUGUGAUAUUCAAUGUAUAAACACAUUAUUUAAUGUA